CUCAGGCGCAGAUGUCUGUUGUGUGGGGACUUGGAAGGGAGCGUGCUUGGCGCAGUGUAAAUUCUAGUAGCCGACUGCUAUCCAUUUCUAUCGCCAAAUCGCGUCGGCCAUCGUUCCGGCUUUUGUCUUUUCGCAGAAACGUUUUGUAGUAUUUUAUCUGUAUUAAUUGUGGAUUUUUAUCAAUAACACAAUGAGCUUUAUCAACGUUAAAAAGUUAAAGGUAAACGAGCUGAAAGAUGAGCUGAAAAGGCGACAGCUCUCUGACAAGGGGCUCAAGGCCGAAUUGAUGGACCGUCUGCAGGCCGCGUUAGAUGAGGAGACUCAAGCCGGCGGUGCUUUCCCUGACACCGAAGCCGAUGAGAAUGGCGCAGAGGGCGGUCAGGGUGACGGGGCGGUCGGCCUGAAUGACAUGGGCGACGAGGAGGACCUGGAUGAAGACCUAGUCGGAGAGAGUAUGGAGGCCGAGGAGGAAGAAGAGGGGGACGGGGGCGAGUACGGCUCGGCUCCGGGGGAAUGCGCCAACCUCGACGAUGAUAUGGCGGGGGAGGAGGAGGAUGCGGGAGUCGAGAUGGAUAAAUCUGGAGACGAGGAUGAAGAUACUCUUUUAAAAGAGGAUGAAGACGAGGAGAUGGAUAAAUUUGAUGAUGAUGCUGCGCUAGUAGCUCUAUCCGGUGAAGGGGGCGUGGACAAGGAUGCUGCCGCAGAUCAGAGGAAUAAGAAGGGGGUGAAGAGGCGACGAGAGGAGCACGGAAGGGGCUACUUUGAGUUCAUUGAAGAAAGCAAAUACAGCCGGGCCAAGUCCCCACAGCCCCCCCUGGAGGAGGAGGACGAAGAGUUCGACGACACCACUGUCUGUCUGGACACCUAUAACAGCGACCUGCACUUCAAGGUGUCCAGGGACCGCUACAGUGCCUCGUCUCUCACCAUGGAGAGCUUUGCCUACCUGUGGGCGGGCGGGCGGGCAUCCUACGGCGUGGCACAGGGCAAGGCCUGCUUCGAGAUGAAGAUCAUAGAGAAGAUCCCUGUGAAGCACAUCUCCAGUAAAGGCAUGGACAUACAUGAAGUUCUGGUUGGCUGGUCCUUGGCCAAUGGGACGCUGUUACUGGGGGAGGAGGAACACUCGUACGCCUUCUCAGCCAGGGCCAAGAAAACCACCGACUGUGUCACCGAGGACUACGGAGAGGGUUUCGACGAGAACGACGUGGUGGGCUGCCUCAUAAACCUGGACGGGCCGGAGGCGGAGCUGUCCUUCACCAAGAACGGCAAGGACCUGGGCGUGGCCUACAGCUUCAGCAAGGCCUCCCUGGAGGGCCGGGCCCUCUUCCCUCACGUCCUCUGUCACAACUGCGCCGUGGAGUUCAACUUCGGCCAGCGGGAGGCGCCAGAGUUCCCCGUGCCGGAGGGCUUCAGCUUCCUCCAGCAGGUUCCUGUCAGCCUGAGGGUCCGGGGACCAAAGGGCCCAGACACCAAGGAUGAGUGUGAGGUCAUCGUCAUGGUGGGCCUACCUGGCGCAGGCAAGACAGCGUGGGUCACCAAGCACACCCAGGAGCACCCUGGGAAAUACAACAUCCUGGGUACCAACGCCAUCCUGGAGAAGAUGAUGAUCGCCAGUCUCAAACGCCAGAUGAAGGAUGUCACCAAACUCACCACCAUCUCCCAGCGUGCACCUCUCUUCCUGGGGAAGUUCAUUGAGAUCGCUGCUCGCAAGAAACGCAACUACAUCCUGGAUCAGACCAACGUGUCGGCGCCGGCCCAGAGGAGGAAGAUGUGUCUGUUCGCUGGCUUCCAGAGGAAGGCCGUGGUGGUAUGUCCGUCAGACGAUGACUACAAGCAGCGCACGCAGAAGAAGGCUGAGACAGAUGGCAAGGACGUUCCAGAACAUGCAGUCCUCAAGAUGAAGGGCAUAUACACUCUCCCGGAGGCCGGGGACUGCUUUGGCGAGGUGAGCUACGUGGAGCUGCAGAAGGAGGAGGCGUCGGCGCUGCUGGAGCGCUACAAGGAGGAGAGCCGCUCCGCCCUGCCCCCGGAGAAGAAGCCCAACCAGGGAGGGGCGCCGCCCAAGAGGGGGGGGGGCAACCGUGGCCGGGGGGGCAAGAACCAGUUCCAGAGAGGAGGAGGUGGAGGAGGUGACAGGCAGGGACAGAGGGGGGGUCGGGGGGGCUUCCAGAUCAGAGGCCACUUCCGAGGAGGUCCAGGACCUCGUGGGGGGGGCUUCAACCGACCCCCACGGGGGUUCCUUCCCCCUCCAGCCUUCCGGGGAGGGUUCUCCAACAGGGGGAACUUCAACAGGGGGGGCGGGGGAGGCGGGAUGCCCAAUAGAGGAGGAGCCCCCAGAGGGGGGCCUGGCCGGGGCAACAUGGGGGGCAGUAUGGGAGGCAACAUGGGAGGGGGGCGGGGGGGCAACAUGCACAGGGGGGGCAGCAUGAACCGAGGAGGAGGAGGGGGAGGAGGAGCCAACAGGGGAAACUUCUCUCAGUUCAGGGGCAGAGGAGGCAAUAACAGGGGCUUCAAGAAUGGAAACUUUGGCAUGAACAAGGCCCAGGCCUUCAACCAGAGCUGGCAACAAGGGUUCUGGAACCAGAAGCCAUGGAGUCAGCAGUACCAGCCAGGAUACUACUGAGCAUGUGCAGUAGAGAGACUUAACUGACAGCACACAGACACGUACACACACACCCAGCGCCUCCGCAACGGUCAGUCUACUGAACCACUGUUCCACUCCACAUGUUUUCCUCUCUGUUCCUCCUCCUCCUCUUCCUCCUCGGUUUCCAGAUGAAGGAACAUUCCAUCGCCGUGUUGGAACUGCUGGUUCUUAACGAUGCAGCAAAGAUUACAAACGCUUUACGAUCUCUCUUUCUCUCCUGUUACUUCUCUCUCUCUCUUUCUCUCGUGUGGUCUCCCUCUCUCCAUUUUCUCUGCGUUCUACUUUUGUACGUUUCUAAGGCUUUUACGUUGGAGCUUCUGAGGAGACAGAGAUCUCGCUGGUGCUUCAGGGUUGGACGUUUUCUAAAACAAAAUCUAAACUUUCAGGGUUCUGUGUUUUUAUCUGUAAAGAAGUACUUUUUACUAUAACAAUGAUGAAGGAUGAUGGGUAUACAUUCGUUUUAGUUUUUUUUUUUCUGCAUUUUUAUUAUCUUAUUACAUGUCUGGUUUGUGGACAUUGUCAGUCCAUAGUUGAAUACUAUUUGACCUGGAGAGGCUAGGAGGUCUCGGUCGUUGUAGUGCUGCCAGCCUCACGAUGAACCUGCGUGUUUCCUGAAGACGCUUCACCUUUUUAGAUGCAUACAUGAAUAGAACUCUAACUAAGGAAGAUUAGGCCGUAAACAUUUAAACCCUGAACCACUCUUCGAUGUUGACACCCUUUUCCCCCAACUAAUGGAAGGAGUACCGAGGCGACCGUUGAUGUAAUUUAUGUAAAUAUGGCUCCAUCCGUGUAAAUAAUGGAUAUAGAUCCAUUGUAACCCAGAGCAGCAAGGCACUACCUCUUCUUAUGCCAGACAGACUAACCCCCCCCCUCCUGCCCCAUAGCAGGCACAUGGAACCCUCCAUGAUGCCUGUUGCUCUGUGGAUCACUGGGCCAGCCUAUCUAUCAGGACGGGGGUGCAUCAGAAGUUAGAAGUCAGUUACUUUAAUACCCUCAAGCAGUUGGAAUUCUGUUCAAAGGAGUUUUUAGAUAGAAGUUUAUACUAAUGUAGCAAUGUAAUGCCCCUAGUUUCGUGUAGUCUUUUCAAGGUGUUAUGUUUUCAGUUGUAAUUAAUGGAAUUGUGUUUUACUUCAUAGAACAUGUAUUUUGAUUUGACUGUUAGAAACGAUGUUGGCUUGCAUCAGCACUCUUUGUGGAAGCACAAUUUUUAUGUACGGCUGUUUUCCAGACAGCAAGAUGGAAAAGUAUUGACCUGAAUAACCUUGUUUCUGCUUUGGCACUUGAAACCCUAUUGGCUGCAGAAUAGCUUUUUAAGUUGUAUUGAAUUGAAAUACCAUGAAAGAUAAGAUUCUACUAGUAUUUAUUUCAUAGUUAUAUUUCUUAGAUAAAAUGCUUUGUUAGACUAGCAUAGUGGAGACCAAUUGUCUCUCUCUCACUUCCAUGGACAGUUAGGCACCCAGACCAUAAUAUGAGUUUCUAGUUGACAGUUUGGCUGCCGUGACAACAAGAGUUGUUACUGUAAUGAUAACAACUGAAAUGGUGGAUUAAUGGUGCUAGGUGUGUGGUGGGAGGGGAGGGGGAGGCGUCGCUGAGGUACUCUGUUAGGCAAUAAACAAAACUGUUUGACCUGUACAAGGUAUCUUUUAAAAGACUUAUUAGUGUUACCGUUGCGUUCCUUGUACCAAGGUGUUUUUAAAACUGCAAAAUAAGCUGACGUAAAAAAGGACACAGUCCCAUGUUUAUAUUAGGUUGUUACAUAGUGUCAGACUGUGUAGAGUAAUUAUAUUCUCCUUGAUUUGUUGUCAGUUCUUUCACUUUAUAUUGAAUGCACUAGUUAUUUUAAUCCCCUGCUAUGAGCUAAGAAUAAAACAUAUUUUGGGUUGUGUAUGAA